AUGGCGGCGCGUUUCCGCAGUGCCUGGCUUGUUGUGAGGAACCCUCGCGGUUUUAAGACGGGGGUGCAGGGUGUCCGGGGACUUUCUCCCAAAGCUAGUAGUUGCGUGGUGUGUCACGUGGAUCUACUUGGCGUAUCCAUGGAUACCAACAAGUAUACGGAGUAA